AGUUGUUGCUGCCGACUUCCGGUUCCUUCCAUCCGCGCCCCAGCAGGGUGACAGUCGUUGUGGCCCGAAGCCGGCCUCGGCAGCUGGGGCGGCAGGCGCAGCCAUGCCCCAGUAUUACGAGGACAAGCCGAAGGGCGGCGCGUGCGCGGGUGUGAAGGAGGACCUGGGCGCAUGUCUACUGCAGUCGGACUGUGUGCUCAAGGAAGGAAAAUCCCCUCUACAGUGUCUGAAGGAAGGAAACUGCAAAGCUCUGAAAUACUCAUUUUUUGAAUGCAAAAGAUCAAUGUUGGAUACCAGAUCCAGAUUCCGAGGAAGAAAAGGAUAUUGAUGCUAGUGUGCUGAAACCAAAAUGAAAACAUCAAGCUUUCUCUGGUCACUUACAACAGAGAAGCCCAAAAAGGAGACAGACUUUUUGCUACAUCUGGUGGGAUGGACCAGUUUUUCCCUCCAUGAACACUGGAGAAAAUGGGAGAGUUCUGUUUUUGACUAUGUAUAAACUAAAUGAUUCUUUUGCUCUGAGUUACUUAUGGAAGAAAAACUUAAUUGAACAGCUAUGAGCUGGGAGCAUCCUACUGUAUUUUGAGAAUUGUUAGAAAGCUCAAAAAGUGAAAAGAUUGUAAUUUUCCAACUUGACUCUUCAACAAAAUGACACAAUUGUACAUCCUUUGUGAGUAUUACGAAGGCCACUGAUGGGACUAUGAAAAUUGGUAAUGUGCAGUCUUGGGAGACAAUUCUACUAGGAAAGUUUAGGAGAAAGCUUUCUUUUACUCAAUCUGUACUGUUUAGUUCUAAAAUAAAUUGUGUUUGAUUCCUUGUAGAAGAAAUGCUUCAUUUACACAGAUUCACUAGAGUAACAACCUCAAAGCCUGACUAUUAACAUCAUGUAAUAGACAUAGCUGGAUGCAUAGCUCUGAUUAUGUUGCCGGGGCUCUUGGCCUCCAUCUUGUGACUGUUUUUCUCUAUUUCUGGCUUCCGUUUUGGCCUGGUCCUCUCUUUACAUAAUGGGAAAGAGUCCAGGCAGCCAAAAGCACACAUCCUUAAGAUCUGUGAUUCAAAAAGAAGAGAGCUAACCUUUUCUAGGGUCCACUAAUCAAAUCCUACAAAAGGACUCUUACCUUACCUGAACUACCUGCUCUCGAACUAGACCAGUCUUAUGGAAAAAGGGGUAAGGUCCCAUGAUGUCCAGGCUUGGGUCUUAGGCACUGUAAUGGGUAUUCCCCAAGAGAAUUGCAAUGGAUGUCUCUGGUGGGCUUUACCCCAAAAGGAAAGGAUUCAGAGCAAACUGAAAUAAUAGAUGUCCAUAGACAAAGCAGGAGUGAAAACCAGGAAAUGAUUGAAAAAGUUUAGAAUCACAGUAACUUUACUCUGAUCACUUAAUAUAGUCAAGAGUCAAAUAUGAAUCCAAGUUUCACCUCUCUUUUCAGUAUUGAAGAAUAAUGAAGACGCUAUGCUGCUUCCUACAGGCAUGGUUAUUUGGACAAGCAGUCAAGGUGUUCUGUAGCUCAGCUGCUUGUUUAAAGGUUCACCUAAAGUGAGAAUUGCACACCAGUCCUUGUGGCAGAGUGUCACUGGGGUUUCUUUGUGUGGUAUAGGUGUACUGCUUCUCACUUGGAAAAGGAAAGUAAUGGGUUCUUCCUCCCCCACAGCCCCCCUUUCAGUAACUCCUGUAUACCUAUUUAAGUGCUCCAACUUUUUAUUUUUUAUAAACAUAUAUUUUUAUCCCCAGAGGUACAGGUCUGAAUUGCCAGGUUUACACACUUCACAGCACUCACCAUAGCACAUUACCCUCCCCAAUGUCCAUAACCCCACCCCCCUUCUCCCAACCCUCCUCCCCUCAGCAACCCUCAGUUUGUUUUGUGAGAUUAAGAGUCACUUAUGGUUUGUCUCCCUCCCAAUCCCAUCUUGUUUCAUUUAUUCUUCUCCUACCCCCUUAACCCCCCAUGUUGCAUCUCUACUUCCUCAUAUCAGGGAGAUCAUAUGAUAGUUGUUUUUCUCCGCUUGACUUAUUUCGCUAAGCAUGAUACCCUCUAGGUCCAUCCACGUUGUCGCAAAUGGCAAGAUUUCAUUUCUUUUGAUGGCUGCAUAGUAUUCCAUUGUGUGUACAUACCACAUCUUCUUUAUCCAUUCAUCUGUUGAUGGACAUCUAGGUUCUUUCCAUAGUUUGGCUAUUGUGGACAUUGCUGCUAUAAACAUUCGGGUGCAUGUGCCCCUUCGGAUCACUACAUUUGUAUCUUUAGGGUAAAUACCCAGUAGUGCAAUUGCUUGGUCAUAGGGUAGUUCUAUUUUCAACAUUUUGAGGAACCUCCAUGCUGUUUUCCAGAGUGGUUGCACCAGCUUGCAUUCCCACCAACAGUGUAGGAGGGUUCCCCUUUCUCCGCAUCCUCGCCAGCAUCUGUCAUUUCCUGACUUGUUGAUUUUAGCCAUUCUGACUGGUGUGAGGUGAUAUCUCAUUGUAGUUUUGAUUUGUAUUUCCCUGAUGCCGAGUGAUAUGGUAAGUGCUCCAACUUUUAGUGAAAGAACUUUAAUAAGAUUUUCUAAAAUAACUUUAUCGAACCAUCAGUUUUUAAUAAUAGCUUUAUUGCGAACUUCAUUUGGAGAAAUUCACAUUCCAUAAAUUCACACUUAAAGCAUACAAUUCAGUUUUGCUUCUUUUUGUAUAGUCACAAGUUUGUGCAACUAUCACCAGUAUCUAAUUCCAGAACAUUCUCAAGAGAAGCCCCAUACCCAUAAGCAGUUACUCCCCCCAUUCCCUCUUUCCCCCCAGUUCCCAGCAACCAUUAAUACACUUUGUGUAUAUGCACAUUUGCACAGUUUGGACAUGUCAUAAAAAUGGGAUUAUAUGUGGCCUUUUGUGACUGGCUUCUUUUACUUACUGUGUUUUCAAGGUUCAUACAUAUGUAGGAUCUGUCCAUUCUUUUUAAUGCUGAUUACUAAUUCCACAGUAUAGAUAAACCAUGUUUUAUGUAAACAUUCAUUAGUUGAGGGACUUCGAAUUAUUUGCACUUUUAGGCUAUUAAGAAUAAUUCUAUGAUCAUUUGUGAGCAAUUUUGCACAGAUACGUUUCAUUUCUCCAGAGUGUAUAUACCUAACAGUGGCAUAACAAUUCCCAAGUUUAACAUUUUGAUGAAUUGCCUAACUUUUCUGCAGCGACCACACCGUUUUACAUUCCCACCAGCAACAAGAGGAUUUCAAUUGGUCCACAUCAGCAACAGUUGUUUUUCAUCUAUUUGAUUAUAAACAUUCUAUUCGGUGUGACCUGGUAUCCGAUUAGGAUUUUUUUUUUAAUAUUUUUUUAAAAGAUUUUAUUUAUUUAUUUGACAGAGAGAAAUCACAAGUAGAUGGAGAGGCAGGCAGAGAGAGAGAGAGAGGGAAGCAGGCUCCCUGCCAAGCAGAGAGCCCGAUGCGGGACUCGAUCCCAGGACCCUGAGAUCAUGACCUGAGCUGAAGGCAGCGGCUUAACCCACUGAGCCACCCAGGUGCCCCCCCCCCCCUGAUUAGGAUUUUGAUUGGCACUUCCCUAAUGGCUACUGAAGCUGAGCAUAUUUUCAUGUGCUUACUGGCUUUCUGUGUAUCUUCGGAGAAAUGUCUGGUCAAGUCCUUUGUCCAUUUUUCAAAUGAGUUACUUGUCUUUUUAUUAUUGUGUUAUAAGAAGUCUUUAUAUAUAUAGUGUAUACAAGUUCCUUAAAGACAAAUGAUUGGCAGAUGUUCUCUCCCAAAGGUGAUCUGUCUUCCCUCUCUUGAUGCUGUCUUUUGAAGCACAAUUAUUUUGAUGAAUUCCAAUUUACCUCUUUUUCCUUCUGGUAUAUCUAAGAAAACCACUGCCUAAUCCAAACUUACAAAAAUUUAUUCCUGUUUUCAUCAAAAAACUUUAUAGUUUUAACUUACAUAUAGGUCUGUGAUCCACUUUGAAAUUUCCGAUACCUUUAUCAGUAACUAUAUAUUUUAAAUUUUAUUUGUGGUAAAAUUACAUAAUGUAAAGCAUACACUCUUAAGCAUUUUUAAGUAUACAGUUCAGUUAUGUUAAGUACGUUACCUUGUUACACAGCCAGUCUCGAGCUCAUUCACCUUGCAAAACUGAAACUGUACAGCCAUUAAACAACUCCCCAUUACCCAACCCCUGGCAAUACUGAUGUUAAGCAUAAUUUCAUUUAUUUGUUGGCCUUUGUAAACCUUCUUUGGAGAAGCGGCUAUUCAAGUUCUUUGCCCCUUAUAAAAUAGGGCUUUCUGUUGUGGGGUUCUAGGAGUUCUGUGUAUAACCUAGAUAUUAACCCCUUAGCAGAGAUGAUCUGCAGGUAUUUUCUCUCAUUUGUUUUUACUAUGUUGAUUGUGUUCACCAUGUUGAUGCAGUUUUAAAUUCUGAUGUAGUCUAGUGUAUCUGUUUCUACUUCUGUUGCCUGUCCUUUUGGUGCCAUAUCCAACAAAUCAUUGCCCAAUCCAGUGAAGUUCUUCCCCUAAAUUUUCUUCUGGGAAUUGUACAGUUUUGGUUCUUACUUUUAAAUCUUUCAUCAUGUUUGAGAUGAUUUUGCAUAUAGGGGAAGGGAAGGGUCCAAUUUCAUUCUUUUGCAUGGGGAUAUCCAGUUUUCCCAACACCAUUUGUUGAAAAGACUGCCCUUUGCUCAUUGAAUGGUCUUUGCAUUCUUGUUGAAAAUCACAUGACCACAUAUACUAGGGUUUUCUUCUUUUUCAUUGCUCUAUAUGUCUGUCUUUAUGUUCGUGCCACACUGUUUUGAUUACUGUAGCUUUGUAAUGAGUUGGAAAUCAGGAAGUAUACAACCUCCAAAUUUUUUUUUUUUAAUGGUUUUCACUAUUCCUGGCCCCUUGAGAUUCCAGAUCAAUUUUAAGAUGUAUUUCUGUGACUCCACAAAAGACACCAGUGGAAUUUUGAUAGGGAGCACACUGAAUCUGUAAAGGACUUUGGACAGUAUUGGCAUCUUAACAAUAAAAAAUCUUCCAAUCCAUUCA